AACACACACCUUACAAACAUUACACACUAAAAUUCAUUCCUUGACAACUACUUUGUUCUCCCCAGUCGACACAGAACAACGUUGCCUUGUCAAUCCUUUGUUGAUUGUUCAACAACGAGGGGCAUUGUUGGUCUACAAGUCUGGACGUCUCGACAAAGGAUAGUUCUUAUUACUUCUUUACUCAACACAGCCGGACUGCGUUCUUCCACGCGGAGCGUCAUACUUAUUCGUCCUCCCAUACGACUUUCCCACGAAUCUGUAUUUGUUUUACUCGCCCAAGUUGAAACUGUGCGCUGUUUAACCUUCUUUACUCUUUACAUCCCGUACAUCCUCGAGAACGUACCACGACUUACAACUAUCAACUCUUUCCUUGAAGAGUACUCUUGGACCCUUUUCUCUCCACUACUCAAGCAUAGAAGCAGUCUCGGUCAUUUGCAAACUUCCCGAGGUCCUCCGCUUCAUCCUGGGUUUCUUUUCCCAGAAUCUCGCAGGCGAGACGAAUACAAGUCAACUUCAGACGCUUUUCUAAACCAUUCUCACCAUGGCCUACAAAAGUAUUCUACACAUCAUUACCCUUCUUGCGGUCUUGUCCGUAGUCAGCGCCCACUCCUGGCUCGAACAGCUCCGCCGAAUUGACUCUACCGGCGCCUUUGUAGGCGAUCCAGGCUACCCAGCUGGAUGGCCGGGCAGAGCUACAUUAGUGGACUACAAGGUCCAGAAUAGAAUCUUAGAUAAGAAACCUAACCCACCCGUGUGCCUCAAGUCCAAGGCCGACUCUUAUACUACUACUACUUUUCCACGCCUCACUGCGGCUCCCGGAGACCACGUCGCCUUGAUUUACCAGGAGAAUGGACACGUCACUCAGCCCAAACUAACUCCACGACCCUACCGGAGUGGACUUGUGAGUGUCUACGGCACUCUCCAUCACGAAGACUCCGAUGGUAUCAACGACGUCCUCAACUCAUGGACUGCCGACGGAAAGGGCGGAAAUGGCAAAGGCCAGCUUAUCGGCACCCACUUCUACGAUGACGGUCAGUGCUACCAGAACUUAAACGGUAACUUUACCAUCGAAGUAUACGCCGAGCGAUUCCACGAGCACGGCCUAGACGAAUUGUAUUGUCAGACAGACAUCCAACUUCCCAAGGAUCUUCCCACCUCGGGCACCUACACCAUCAUGUGGGUCUGGGACUGGCCGCUCAUUGUAUCUGACACUCAGAACACCACCGAGAUUUACACCUCGUGUGCCGAGAUUCAGCUUCAGCCCCCCCAGGCUAGUAGUGCCGCUCAGGUUAAGUUUUCCCAGGAUAAUCCUCUUCCUCUGAACGACUCCGGUAUCGCGUCACAAGUCGCUAUUCAGUUCGAAGCCACUGGUCUAGGUAUCGGCACCACCCCCCCUGGAGCCCCAAGUUCCACCGUAGGCCAAGGCCAAGGUCAAGCAAGCACGGCCGUCUCGUCAGAGGCCGUAGCAACCCCUUCGUCAAAAUCCACCCCUUCGUCAUCGUCAUUGGCGAAGCCUGUCCAAAGUGGAAUUAAGACAGUGACCGUAACCGCGGAUGCCCAGACGACUACCCAGUGGAAGACCGUCACAGUUGGCGGUUCUGGCCGCGCCGAGCGAACCGAGACAAUCCCAACGGCCGCGUCUACAUCGUCUAGACCUACCUCCGCUAGCUCUGCCGCCAAUAUCGCCCCUACCGUCAAUGUCCCCGUCAUCUCCGUCUCCAAGUUCCUCAAGGCGCGUGCAACGGGUCGAGCGACGGGUCGAUUCCGCCGAGGCAGCAACGAUCAAUCCUAACUGCGUCUGGACGCAGGCCUCGUAUCCCGAGGAGUCAAUGCUACCUUAGCUACUCGAUGUGUUUUGGUGGUAGUGG